CUGUCAUGUCAGGGCUUCCACUACAAUAAUAUUAUAGCACUACAAUUGUAGCUGUGGGAAUGGCUGUAGCAAGCACUAGACGCUCAGAUCAAUUUUAGACUGGAGAUGAACUCGUAGUCGUACUGCAGUCAGAAACUCCAAUAAAGCGUUACGAGUAUGAAGAGUACUGCAUACAGUCAGUUCAUACCUGUUUUUGCUGGCUGAAAAUGCAGACGCAGACGCUGCGUGGAGACUUCGCUCAAUUGGGUCGCUUCCUGGCUCCCAUUGCAUUUACCAACAUUGCGAAGGAUGUCGGGCAGCAAGUGCUCAAUCGUAGUGUGGCGAGGGGCACCAAUGCAGUGACGACUCUGGCCGGCUUCGGACUGGCCUACACGCUGGUGAAGCUGUUCACGAAUUCGCUGGGCGAGUUUAAGAACGUCGGCCUUGUCCUGGUGACAGACCAUGCGUCCAGGAGACGAUCGCUGAUUAUUUUACUGCUGUGUGGGUGCGUGACGGCAGUGCUGCUGGCCUUGCUGGGUGCCACCAAGCUCGGUGUUCUGUUCGUGGAGGACUUGCAUGGCGUGAACGCCGCAACCGGCAAGGCAGCGUAUCUGUCGUUCGUCAGCAUGUGUGCGUUCCCGCUGCUGGACAGCAUAGCCAACCUGCACAGCGGCUGCCUGCUGCGUGUCAAGUGCAGCGGGUUCGUCGGCAUGGCGUCCAUGGCCGACAUGGGCCUGCAGAUCGUCACGGUGACCGUGCUGCUGCACACGUCUCUGCUGUGCAGCCAACCGCUGGCGAUCCCGCUGAUUGCACUGCACGCUGGCGUGGUGGUGCGGCUCGCCAUGGUCGUGUUUGGGUAUUUCUAUUUCGUGCACUCGACGCUCGGCAGUGGCCGGCCGGACGACGGUGUAUCGGCUAACAGCCCGGGCUAUGCCCGCAUCCUGCGCUUCUUCUGGCCGCUGGCGCUCGUCAAGGCAAUGCAGAGCAUCAGCCGGCCAAUCGUCAACCUGCUGUGUGCCCGCUCCAGCGGACUCAGCAAGGAGGCAGCGGAUCGCACAGUGGCGGUGCUGUCGCUGACGUUUCCCAUCGGCCACCUGCCGUACGGAUGGCUGAACGAAACCCGAGCUCUGGCGCCGACGUUCCGUCGUAAGCGAGCGGAGAACGGUAGUGGCGCUGGUGGCGCCAGCGUGAGGAAGAUGCCCUCGCGGAGCAUCUCGCUGUUCAUGCUCCUCUGCCUGGCCAUCAGCAUUGGCAUGAUGUUCGUCUUGUUUUGGAUUCCCGGCGUGGCGGUGGCCAUGCUCAAGAGCGUCAACGGCGUGUCGGACGACUUGGCAAGCGCCUCCGUCGUGCCGUUGCGCAUUUUCACGUUCUUUGGCGUGGCGGUGGCCGUGCGGUCGCACUACACGGGCUGGCUCAUGCUGCACGAGCGUACCAAGGCCGUAGCGCCCUCAGCGCCCACGCGUGUCGCCGUCAUCGUGGCCAUGCUCUUUAUCCUGCCGGCGGUGGGCGUGCGUGGAGCGACGAUGGGCAUUGCGGCACUGCUGACUGGCUUUCUGGUCGAGGCGCUGCUGGUGGUGGUGGCCGCCGUCUGGGUGCGCCGUAAGCUGCGGCGGCUGCGGCUGUCUCCCCGCGCUGAUACGGCUAGCGGUAGUGACGAUGACGGCGGUCACGAGGUGGAGAGCUUUGAGAUGGACGAUCGACGCCAGCUUGUCGCCGCCGAUGGUGCGGAGUCGAACUAGGUCAGGCGUUGUGUGAUUAGUUGUCAGAAGGAUUACCAACUGUGUGUGUGUGUGUGUGUGUGUGUGGGUGGGUGUGGGUGUGUACAUGUGUGUGUGUGUGUGUGUGUGUGUGUGUGUGCGUGUGUGUGAGUAUCUCGUUGAAUUUUAUCCUAUUUUUUCUUGAACACGAGUGUGACAAUUUGAUUCUUGAUUUUUUUAUAAACGUUUUACGCUUUUAAACUUUCCUAAUUAGAUGCCUUGACACGAAAUUGAAAUUUAGAGGCUUUUAUACAGAGUAUACCUCCCAUUAUAGUACAUGUAUGCAUUAGUUGCGUGAGAGAGUUGACAGGGACCCCCCCCCCCCCCCCUCCCCUCCUGUUAUGGGAUUCAUUAGUUGGGGCAGUUGAAAGGGAAAUCCCGUCCUACUAUGGAGAUCGUCUUUAUUUCAGUACUGCAGUGCAAAGUGGAGAUUUUCUUGAAGUGGACUACAAAGUGCUCAUAACUGUACUUGAGUUCCAUACAGGUGCUCUUGAUCUCUAUUUUAUUAACUUAUCACGUCCGAUUUUCUCCGUUUUGAGAUUGAACUGUUUGUUUCAUUUUAUUUCGUAUUGUUUUCUUUUAUAGCCGUUCUUUUAAUGUUGAUGCCGAGUCAUACCAGGCGCAGGACUUAGACGCUUUUUUCUCCUCGAAACUAUCUGUGUACAGGAUGCACAAUCAGUCAUGUACACAAAGCAAAGUUCAAAAUUUUCAUCCUGA